AUGCUGAUGUUGGUGAAUUUUAUAUUUACUCCUCUGAAACGGGGACUUGGGAGAAGUUGUAUCAAGUCUUUAUGUCCAGCUCCGCGGAUUAGUUGGUUCAAGGCGGGUGUUUAUUGGAAUGGAGGUAUGCAUUGGUUAAGUGAAUGCUCUGAAACGCAACCUAGUUCUGAUGGUUUUUAUUUUAAUGUGGACAAAGAAAGGUUACAAACAUUUCCAAGCCCUCCUAUGGCUAUUAAGGAAUUUCACUACAGUUCAUACUUUGGGGAAUCUCAAGGCCAUUUGCAUUACGCUGAGGUUUGUCCUUAUGACCCUUCACUCAAUGUGUAUGAGAUGAAGAGCGAUUACUCAGGCUGGUUUGUCAAGUACCAAAUUGAUCUUGUUCCUAUUUCCAAAGCUUUCCCAGUGAUGAAAGAACGCGCUUAUUAUUCUGGUGAAAGUUUUAAUGCUGCUGUUGCUUUACUUGUAAGAACAGACAAUUUCAAGGAGGAUUCGUUCUUGGUAUUGGAACUACCUGGUCAGAUCAUACAUUACAAUCUCGUUGACAGAAGUUUCAGAGUCAUAUGUAACUUUGGUGAAGACUUGCAAAAACGUCGUCUCAGUCUUUGCUAUUACAGUUGUGGAGGCUUGAAAGCUUGGCCGUACAACCAAUGA